GCAGCCAGCAGACCCUGGAUCUGUUUCCUCUCUGCGAGCACCGUGCAGUGACAUGGCAUCAUCAUAGCGGCUGUCAGCAGCAGCAGCAGCCGCAGCAUCAUGGAGCCUCUCCGGUCGCAGAGGCGCACCGCAGCCCGGGUUCUGGACACCUUGACGCCGGCCCUGAUCCUCCUGAGCGCCGGGGCAGUGACGGCGGAGGACGGAGGAGCAAUGGAGGAGCUCACCACGGAGAAGGAGGCUGAGGAAAGUCACCGCCAGGACAGCGUUAAUUUACUCACAUUCAUUAUGCUGCUGACCUUAACCAUUCUCACCAUCUGGCUCUUCAAGCACAGACGGGUGCGAUUUCUGCACGAGACCGGGCUGGCGAUGAUUUACGGUUUGCUGGUGGGGGUGAUCCUGCGGUACGGCAUCCCGGCAACCAGCUACCACAACAAGACCCCCCCGAGCUGCUCACUGAAGGAGGGGCCGGUCAGCACCGUCCUGUUGAACAUCAGCGGGAAGUUCUUUGAGUAUACGCUGAAGGGAGAGAUCAACUCCAGAGAGAUCCACAACGUGGAGCAGAACGACAUGCUGCGCAAAGUGACAUUCGACCCUGAAGUGUUCUUCAACAUUUUGCUGCCUCCCAUUAUAUUCCACGCUGGGUACAGUCUGAAGAAGAGACACUUCUUCAGGAACAUGGGCUCCAUCAUCACCUACGCCUUUCUGGGCACGGCCAUCUCAUGCUUCGUCAUCGGGAAUCUGAUGUACGGCGUGGUGAAACUGAUGCAGGUUUUGGGACAGCUGACGGACAAGUUUUACUACACAGACUGCCUCUUCUUUGGUGCCAUUAUGUCCGCCACAGACCCAGUGACGGUGUUGGCCAUCUUCAACGAUCUGCACGCUGACGGGGAUCUCUACGCUCUGCUGUUUGGAGAGAGCGUGAUGAACGACGCUGUGGCCAUCGUGCUCUCCUCCUCCAUCGUGGCGUACCAGCCCAGCGGAGCGAACACUCACAUGUUCGACGCCGCCGCCUUCUUCAAGUCCGUCGGGGUCUUCAUCGGGAUCUUCAGCGGCUCCUUCGUGAUGGGAGCCGCCACCGGAGUCGUCACCGCUCUCGUCACCAAGUUCACGAAGCUGCACUGCUUCCCGCUGCUGGAGACGGCACUCUUCUUCCUCAUGUCCUGGAGCACCUUCCUGCUGGCCGAGGCCUGCGGGUUCACAGGUGUGGUGGCCGUACUGUUCUGCGGCAUCACUCAGGCUCACUACACCUACAACAACCUGUCUGCAGAGUCCACUCAGCGCACCAAGCAGCUGUUCGAGGUGCUUCACUUCCUGGCGGAGAACUUCAUCUUCUCCUACAUGGGCCUGGCUCUGUUCACCUUCCAGAACCACAUCUUCAGCCCCAUCUUCAUCAUCGGGGCUUUCAUUUCCAUCUUCAUCGGCCGAGCGUUCAACAUCUACCCGCUGUCCUUCUUCCUGAACCUGGGCAGGAGGCACAAGAUCAAAGGGAACUUUCAGCACAUGAUGAUGUUCGCAGGUCUGCGUGGAGCGAUGGCGUUCGCGUUGGCGAUCCGCGACACAGCGACGUAUGCCCGGCAGAUGAUGUUCACCACCACGCUGCUCGUCGUCUUCUUCACCGUCUGGGUGUUCGGGGGGGGCACCACGCCCAUGCUGUCCGUCCUGCACAUCAGGGUGGGUGUGGACCCGGAUCAGGACCAGCAGCCGUGCACAGACAGCUUCCAGGUCCUGCAGGGGGACGGGCCUCAGGCUGAAGGACAGAGUAAAACCAAACAGGAGAGCGCCUGGCUCUUCAGACUGUGGUACACCUUCGAUCACAAUUACCUGAAGCCCAUCCUGACGCACAGCGGCCCCCCCCUCACCUCCACGCUGCCCGCAUACUGCAGCCCGCUGGCGAGCUGUCUGACCAGCCAGCAGGCGUACGAGAACCAGCUGAGGGACGACCCUGACUUCAUGCGUGGCGACGGCGGCGACCUUUCCUUCACGUUUGGAGACACCACGAUCACGGCCAACGGGGCGUCUGGCAGCGGGGGGCGGGUGGAGGAGGAGGGGGGGGAAACAGCCGGAGCGUCGGGCUGGAGCAUGAACGGCAGGAGGAGCGGCAGCACCUCGGAGGAGGCGCUGGAGCGCGAGCUGGACUCCCGUGAACAGGAGCUGCUGAGCCGGGGAACUCGACUUGUUUUCCCCAUCGAGGAUCACAUCUGACCGCCAUGUUUGUAGUCCUUCAGAGAUGAGAGGUAUUAUAGGAGGAUAAGACGGGAGAGUGCCCCGGGAGCAGAGCUCGAGAAGAUUUUCAUGCUCCAGGAGACGUGCAUCCUCUCCAUCCACCUUCACUGAUUGUUUCCUUGCAUUAUCAGAAGGACAACAAAUAUCACCAUGCCAGAUUCAGGCUGUUUUUGAACAUGUGACACUGUGCGUGCAGCCGAAAAAGAAGAAGACUCAUCCUGAGAUCCGACCAAAAUGCUUCUUCGCCAUCACGCCCCAUCUACGCCCUGAAACCCAAACUUUGAUAGUUUAUAAUUCCUCUUUGUACCAUUCAUCCGAAGCUGCUGACAGUGUUUGGUCUGUUUGUGAGGAUGCCCUUUUUGCUUCACAAACACGCUCUUGUGUGGAAGGGAUUGUGGGGACCGUGAAUGUGUUCGGCCGACACCGCUCAUCAUGGGUGAAGCAGCGCGGGUGGAGAAUGUAAAUAGCUACAAUGCAGAGCUUUGUUCCCGCUUCUUGUCAGUGCAUUUCGUCCCAUGACUGUUACAAAAAGCGUCUGUUGUCCAAGUGUCUGAGCUGGAUCUUUGUCUGUGUCCCGGUCUGGUUUUCAUUACAACAACAUGGACGAGCUUUGAUGCUCAUUGUCUCUGCCAAGGCACAGUUUGUCCAUUCGUCUGCAGAACAACGACUGGCCCGAUUUUCAUGAAACUUUAAGGUUGCAACACGAGACCGAGAAGAACACAUUUAAAUUAAGAUUGAAUCUGUAUAAUGGGGUUGAACGCAAUGGAAGAUCAAGCAUUAAUGCUGCUUUCAUGUAGAACGGUGGUAAUCAUAACACAUGAGUUAUUCACAUAAAAGUUUAAAAAGCAACACUGAAAGUCAGGGAGCAUUUUGGUACGCAUUUUAUAUCUUACCCGAUUCCUCUGCUCCCAACUGUUAUGAAUAAAUACUGGAAACACUAAAAUAGGCCUUCAAUACAUCUUCUUUUUGGAAUCAAUGUUCUUUCCCCAUUUCGAUUUUAAACUCAUGCACUCUGCCUUGGUGGGGGUCUGCAUCUUCUAGCUUCCUAUUACCAUGUUGCACUGAUGAUGGAUUUCCGUAGGCUGAGCGUGAAGUUAGCAUCACAAGGGCUCCCUCCACAAAAACCGAAAAGGAUUUGGAUUAUUGCAGAAAAUAAUCUCGGUUUCAAAAUCCCAUUUAUGAUACUUACACAUUUUGCUCAGCAGGAUAAUCUCCCCAUAUUAACACCACUUGAUGAGCAUUCAAGUAAAAAGCUAACGUUAGGCUAUAAAGAUAAAACAGCGUGGUCACAUGACUUCACGCCACCACCGCUAAGCUAAAGGCGGCUAAUGUAAGGUGUGAUGACGUUCAAAUCUCUUCAGCUUGUGUUAACCACAGACCUUAUUUCAGGUUAACAACCAAAAUAACAUAAAAAAUAACCCUUGACUUCGAGACAAGGGAACCGAAAAUGCUAGAAUGAAAAUAAAUGUCUGAUUUAUUUCUGCACCACUCAAUGAAGGCAAAUUCAACAUUAUAAAAGUAAAGAGCGCAGACCUCUAAAUACAUCUAUCUCAAAUUAGCUUGCUUCACCUUUACACUAAGUUUCAUGAAGAGUGGGUUAGUCGUUUUUACGUAAUCCUGAACACAGUUAAACAAAAAGUAAGCUUCUUGGCGUAGUUGUUUUUUUUCAUGCAUCAAUUUGUGUUCGACUUUAACUAACGUUUUCAUUAUCAAUUAAUCUGUUGAUGAUUUUUCAAAUGUUAUGGAUUUGUUGUUUAGUUCAUGAAUGAGAGAAAAUAGUAAAACAUCUCCAUCACCAUUUAUAAGAACUUGUUCAAAUCGCUUGUUUUGUUCAAAAGUCUUUCAUCAAAUUCUCCAUCAAUAAUAAUAAGAGUUAUCCAACAACUUCAAAUGUAACUGUUCUAACUUUCUGAAACCUAUAAUCCCAAAUAAAGAAGAGCAGCCACUUUUAACAAAUACUGACCAUGGUGCCAAGUGCUCGAAAAUGACCUUAUAAUCAGCGUUAUUUACGUUAUUUCCCCCCAUAUAGAAAUACACGGUAAUAAAGACACUUCCGUAAGCUCUGAUUACAUUAAACCUGAUUCCCCAUUUAUCUGAUAAUGCACAUAAUAAGUAGAAACACAGGUUUUCCUGUUAAGCGCAUCUUGAUUCUUGUUUGAAUUAAGUUACAAUAUUUCUCCCGCAGCAAAUCUGAGCAGUUUUUAAUGAGACGUUAGAGAGCAACCUGUGCAGGAGUCUCUGUAUUCAUUUGAAAUGUUCUCACAACUGAUCAAUAUGGUUUGCAUCCUCACUCCAUGUGAAUUAUUAAUUAUUUAUACUGCAUAUUUGACCUGAUUACACAGGGUUUCUGCAGGUUUCUAAAUGUUUUGGGGUCAAACGGGCACAAGGAAAAUUAGUAUGAAUGAAAAUAUGUCCUAGACUAAUUUACGUACAUAUAUAUAUAUUAAAAUCUGUCAAUAAAACUAUAUUAAUUGAUUGAUUGUAAGACCAAAAAGCUCAGACUUCUCUUAUACUGUAGGUUAGUCAUGGGUUAAAACAGUUGAAGCAAUGUUUAAUUGCAGUUACACAAAACAGUAAAGCAUUCAAGAUAAUCUGACCUACUAAAACCUACUUUUCAAUAGAAUUCAUUAUUCUAUUAAGGACCUGCAGACGCCCUGUUUCGUUUCCUCAAUUUUUGUUGGGAAUUCCAGCUGCGCAGCAUGAUUUUGAGGUCAGAUUUUUAUAUUUGUGACUCUUAUCCUAUAAUGUAAACAGUAGCAUAGCAACUGACUAAACCUCCAAGGGUUUGGGAGGUUUUUAUUUCGUUUUUAUUUGUCCGGACUCAUGUUGUGUUCCCUUGUUUUACCGCGUCAAGAGUCUAGACCCGUUUUAAAUGCACCACAGAGCACGUGUCGCCUUUUUGUUUUUUUUACAUUCUUUAACACAGUGGCUGCUGCAUUAAUGUAUGAGUGACCCCCGAGGGCAGGUGUGAAAGACGUGAUUGUCAAAGUGCAGCGACCGAGGACCUCCGAAGUGGAAAUGAAUCUAGUUAUGUAAGCUGUUGCCAAGCUGCGUGCACUGAGGGUCAUUGAAAUUCUUGAUGGAGUGAGACGCUAACGUUUUCUUUCACAGUCUCAUGAUAGGGGAGCUCCUUUUAGUCUCAACAAACUGCCUGGGCUGCGGUCGAAUAGACCCAAAACAUUACGUACUGUGUUUCCUCAACUCUUAUUCUUGCAAUACAUUAUUAAAAAAAAGGAACAGUGACAAACUCAAUAAAGCUCAAGAUUCAUGUCCAAAACAGAAUUACAUCGUCUUAAAGAAAGGAUGUUUCCAAAGUGCACCGUCAAACAGAAGCGUUCAAUCUUUUAAAGCCUUAUUGCUCUAAACCAGGGGUGUCCAAACUACGGCCCGACGGCCAAAUGCGGCCCGUGGGCCAUUUUGAAUCGGCCCUCAGCAAAUUCAAAAAGUACAAUAAAAUAUGGCCCACAAAUGAAACUUCUGCUCGUCUCAUAUUGUACUUUUUAAAUAUAUAUGUUAAAAUAUAUUACACGUUAUUCAUGUGUAAACGCAGCCCAAUUUUCAAAUAAAUUCCAUCAAUUAAAGUUGAAAACAUUUUCUAACAAAUCUAAGUUGAUAAGAAAAAAGCCCAAUAACUCAUUUACAUAACAAGCUUGAAAUCUACCCUUCAUAUUUCCCCUUAUUAUAAGCAAUUGGAGGCUUCUGUUUUAAGGGAUGAGCUGCCAACAACAUAAAUGAAACCCUAUGGAGAGCUGUUUUUUUCUUAAAGCAUUUUUAAGUAUCAAGAAUCAUUUACCUACAUUUGAUUGAUUCUGCUGACUUAGAACUGAACUUGUGAGGCAAUAUACCUCUAGGGAGUGGCCCAGCCCUUCGUAUAUGUUUCUGUAUGUGGGUCUCAGUUAAAAUAGUUUGGACACCCCUGCUCUAAACUCACAUGUGGAGCCAAAGCCCUAAUUAUAUAUAAUAAAGGUUGCUUAAAAGCGGAACAAGCUUGACGUGUAUACAACUUCCCGGAACUUUUGGUGAUCCUCCGGUUCCAUGGGAGACUAAAUAACUUUUGGUUUAGCACUGCACAUAACUUUAUUGAGGAUAAAUAUAUAACAAUGUCAUGCGGCUCUCCAAAUGUUAUCCGCAUGACUGGUACAAAUUCCCAAAUAAUUAUCCACAGAUGUACAGUUGUCUCUUUCCUUGGUGUAAUAGUCUAAAAACGUUUUUGGAUCCCAUGUCAUCAUGUGAUGGUCCCUUUUAGUUUUAAUUACACGGUUUGAACACUAUUUCAAAUUGGCUUCAAAGCCUGGUGCUUCUCCUGCGGGUUCAUUUAAAAAUAUUCCGGCUGCAGAAUAUCGUGGGCCAGCAUUAUCCCCUUUAUUUUGGAUAAAAUGUGGUGCAUAGGCUAUAUUCGAAUAUGAAUGUCCUUAAGACCGGACGAGGCAGGCUUGUAAACAAAUACAAGUAAACGUAGGAUGUUUUUCUGGAUAAAUAGCUCUAUACAUUCAAAAUGUCUUUAGAUAAUUUGUUUUUCUAUCCAUGGUCUAUGAUCUAGGUCAGUGGUCCUCAGAGUUACUGCCCGAUUUAUAGUUGGAUAUUAUGGAUGGUGGAUGGAUGGAUGUUUUUUUUAAUGUUUUUCUUCAAAUACUAAAAUCUAUCUGAAAAUACAUAUUACAUGAAUCAAAGAUACUAUAAACAACUAUAACAUAGUCUUUCUGUAAAAAACAUGAAUCCACCAACAUUGAUAAUUGUCUAUUACCCAGGAGUCCUUUUGCAAUCACGCUAGCUAGCUAAACUGUGCUGAAUCACUGCGCUUCACCUAUUCAUACAUGCUAACGAGUUAGCUACAGCAACGUUUUACUAUUUCCAUAGUACAGUAUGUUUUAUAUGCACCAUAAGGUCUGUUUAUAUAUUGCACUUGAAGCUGCCCCAUGGUUAUUGUUGUCCCAUUUUAAUAAGCAACACACACAUGUGGAAAAGCUAAGUUUCUUUCAUUGAAAACCCUGAUCAAUAUGGAGUGAUGUUAAGAUAUCAAAUAUAAUCCAACAUAUUAACAAGUACAAAACAGCCGUGUAUAAAUAACACUCAAAUCAUCCAACAUUGAUGAUAGUCAGCUAGCUAAACUGUGCUAAAAAAACAGUGAGACACCUAGCCAUACAUGCUAACUAGUUAGCAACAGCUACAUUUUACAAUUUUUGAAGUACAGUAUGUAUUGUACGCACCAUAAGGUCUGUUUAUAAAUGUUUGGCAAUUUAAGCCGCUCUAUAGGUUAUUCAUUUUAAUAUAACUUAAGUUUAUUAAGCAAUUGUAUACUGUAUGUAAAAGAGGCUCUGUGCUCCCUUUUCUCUUUCAGUGGAAACCGUGAUUUAUGUGGAUUAAGAUAUUUUAAUCUUUUAUCCAAACUUUUGUUGAAAAACAAUUCUGCUUCAGGGUUCAUGGAUCAUUUUGGUAAUGUGUCUAUGGUGUUUCCUAUGCUAAGGUCGAUAGCAUUGAGCAGCUUUCAUUAGCAUUUAGAGAACUCAACGAGCCAGAAGACACUUGAAAAAGACUAUUCCACGGCAGCCUUGGAUUCAUGCAUGUUUCUCUUGAGCAUUAUUGAAUUGUUACACAGUUCCUACAUACAAUUUAUUCACAGCAGAUCAUGUUUCCUACAAAAAAAUGUAAUUUCUGACCAAGUACGUUAGAGGAUUUCCUUAUAAUUCUGGCUGCAUCUACUAACAACAUGCAGAAAAAGACCCUCACAGAUGAAUGAACCCUGUUGGCUGCAGAUAAAUAAAGACGCCGAGUUUUUGGCACUUUACCUCGAGCAGAGGACACCGGCGGGACGUAUUUAACCUUCAUGUGUCUCCAUCUCCAGACUGUUGUGCUGUCAGUUGUCUUGCUGCUAUAUUUACAUGCACUCUGUACCUGAUAAAUAUGAGAUGUAGCUCAACUGUUAAUGUGUGCACCUGUUGUCCUUGCAGCAACUGGCUCCACCUACCAUGGUCUGCAUGUCGACAUGUCAAUAAAAAUUGUCAAAUUAUGAGCCACCCGUU